AUGAGCAAUAAAGUGCGAUUGAUGAAGCAGCAAGAGGACGAAUUUGGCUAUGGCGGUAUUGCUGAGCCUCCAGCGGUGGGCCGACACAUGCAAAAGUCACUGGUUCUUCAGCCAUCUGCUCGGCAGAUUGCUGACCUGCGGCACCGCAUCGAGAAAAAGACAAAGAAACAAAAUAAGCUCAAGGCAGAGCAAGAAGGCGUCCAGCACAGAUUGAAGUCUUUGGAGCAGGCUCUACAGGCCGUUGAACGUGGAGAACGCACAGACAAGAUCCAUGCCUUGGACCAAAAUGCACUGGAAACCAUCGAAGAAGCCAAAGGCCUCGCGCGACAAGCGGCCAUUGCACCUCUGUUGGAAAGGAUGAAGCGAGAACGGGGGUUGGAAAGUCCUGAACCUAUCGAGAUGCCCGAAAACAUGGUAGCGGAGAAAGAAUAUCUGGAGCAGACUCUUGCAGAGGUGGAGAGGGAAAUUGAAGGCAUUGAUAACUUGCGCGUAGACUGGGAGGGCCAACGACAAGCUGCCAGAAAGACGGUGCAGUACAUCGAAGAUGAAGCAGAGAAGCGCCUGUCUCUUUUCUCUGCGAAGCGACGGCGCUCCUAUUUGGGCCCCAUGCAGGUGGAACCGCCUUUGCUGAUGCCUAUGCCACCAUUCCUAGUGGAGAAGGCACCAAACAUCAAAGCGGGACUGCGCCGUCGAUGUAGGGAGAUGCAAGAGGAGAUGGAACCGCUGAUGAAGUUGUUACCAAAAUACCUGGCACUGGCCAAGAAUGCUGAGAAAACCGCCAAGGAACUUUGCGAACAACGAGAGGAGUUUGUUCGCCACAUCCGGUCCUUGAAGCCAAAGUUUCUCAAGGAUGUCAGGUGGGGCAUUGCAUCAAUGGAAUAUGCAGAAUCCACCAAGCAACGCCGGCUUGGCAGGUCUGGUGGGGCCAGGAAAAUGGGCAACCAGGACAUCAAUGCCAAAUUGGAAGAGGAACAGAUGAUGAAGGAGGUGGAAAAUGCCUGGGAUGCAGAGGAGGCAAGACUCCUUGAAGGCCAUGAGGCCUUACAUCAUCGUGCAGGAUUUUUCUCGGUCAUUGCUGCAGAAUUAGAGGAGGACAGGGGAGAUCCGGAGCACCCGAUGAUUUUCAAGCGAGAGUUCAACAAGCUGGAAGAGGCCGUGCAAAAGAACCGCUGGGCUUUCGAGGAUAAGAUGGCCUUGGAGGCCUUGCAUGAGGAACAGGAGGGAGAAGAGGAGAGGGGCGAUGAGGAUUUUGAGUUAAACCUUCCAGAAGAUGAGGCAGAGCCGGCGUACGUGGAGAAUUUUUUGGCCAUGGAGGAGGACGAGUCCUUGUUCCUGGAGAAAGCGAUUGCUGCGUACCGUAUCCAUGAUGAGCAAGUCCUGGCCAGUUUCAUCGAAGAAGGCAUUGAGGUCGAGAAACAGGCGCUUGAGGAGAGGAAAAAGGAGGUGGAAGACAAACAGGUGAAACGAGACAUUUACAUCUCCCUGCUGCGGGAGCGUCGCAACUCCAUGGCCCAGGCGAUGGUCUCACCGCAAGACUCUGCAGUUACGGUGGGGCCCUGGGACCGCCCUCUCCUGGAUUCGCUGUGGACGAUUCAGGGUCUUCGCCUCGGGCAGGUUUUUUGUCAGAGGUCGAAUCCAGUCUCAAGAACUGCAUCCAAGGACACACUUGUGGAGGAGGAGUCUCCCUCUGGCAGAGGCCCUUCACUUUUGCGUUUGUCAUCCGAUGGCCACCGGAACAAGCUAUCCUUGCCUUCGGGCAGUCCAAAGUCGUCGCGCAGAGUGCAGACCAUGCCCAGAUUGACUUCGCAAGGUAGCGCCAACGGAGAGGGGGAGGCUUCAUCUCGUCCUUCUUCAGCCUCCUCCCGGGACUCCUCUCCGAGCGAAGCGGGCGACGCCAUCUCCAAGACGACCUCGGAACUGGGGACAUCGGGGACGCUUCGAUCGCUCCAGCGCCCCAGGAGAGAACUUGGACGGGCGAACACCUCCGUGGAGAGCCGGGCAGGCAGCAAAUCCACAGAGAAGAAGAGGAGUAAGGGGAAAGGUGGCAAAAAGCGCUCCGAGAGGAGGGCGAGUACCAGCUCUGCGGCAGCCUCCCAAGGCUCUCGUUCUCCUUUCCACACCAGGCCAGAUGCACAGGAAGACACUGGAGCAUCUGAAUCGGAUGUCGACCCGCAAGCCCAGGGAAGCGAGCAUCUACAGCAAUUCCUCAAGUUGGAUCGUAAAAGUUCUCGAUUAGAAGCCAAGGUGCGAGAAGCUACGGAACAGCUUUCCCAGAUGCGCUCUGAAGUUUUAGGUGGCGGGAUGGAAAGUCUUGGGAAGUUGAUCCAGGAUCCCUAG